UCGAUAUAGAGAAGGAAUCAACGAAAUCAUACGAGGCCUCCUUCGCGGUUAGCCCAACAAAAACGACUCUUCUCUUUCUCUCUCUCUCUCUCUCUCUCUCUCUCUCUCAUUCUCUUUUUCCGGAUUUACAACUAGAAUGGCGUCGCCUUCCGAUCCCUCCAACCAGCAGACUGCUGCUAGGAAACAAAACAAAGGACCCCCUUUGAAAUUUAUGUUUCCCCUAAUUUAUGCUCCUGUUCUUCCUCUCAUUCGAAUUCAAUUGCGACAUAACCCUGUUUUGAGGGACCGUUUGUUCACUGCUGUGCUUGCUGGGGCAUUUGCUCAUGGGUUUUACUUGAUAUCAGAUCUCUAUGAUAUCGAGAGCAAAUGAACCUGCAGAUGGUGGCUCGAGAAAACCAUGGCUUACAGCUAUUCUGAAACAUCUUCCAGUUUGCAGAUAUCAUAUGCGGCUUGAUACUCCGGCUACAACUUGAAACGUUAAAGACAUAUUUGAGGGUUAUAGUUUUCUCAUUCCUUUUCUUGUGGGCCGAUAACUAUGCUUUAUAUUACUUAGAAAUGAAAUAAUUACCCUAUCAUUAAGCUGCUUUUGCUAAUUUGUUAAACUGUUUAGCUUUAUUUGGGUACUAUCUAAAAAAAAAUAGAGCUUUAUUUUGGAAAACUUAUCUCUGUUUGAAUUGCUGGAUCAAGUAGCCACAGAAUAUCGAUAUGCUA